UUUUCAGCAAAAAAUGAAACCAGCUAAGAAGAUAUUGAACUCUAUGCCGUUGGAAAUUAUUCAUGAAAUUCUGAGCAAGCUGAUCCCAAUCCAGAGAUUAGUUAUUCGAAAAGUGUCCUGUAACUUUCGUUAUAUAAUAGAUGAAUACUUUGGAAUUAAGGAACUCGCAAUUGAGCAUGGCAACUAUAAACAUCCCUUUCUAGCUCUGAAACUAGAAAAGGGGACCAUCUCUUACAUGAAUUCCCGGAGCACGCGCUACGCUUGCUCCGUGCAAGUUUUGGGCAAAAGAAGGAAAAUGAAGAAGGGAGACAGCGUUGACUUUGUACUCAAUGAUUUGUCGAAUUUGAUGAAGGACAAAGUGUUUAAGCUGGACGCACUGAAAAUCGAAUAUCCUACAUGGAUUUAUAAAGAUAAUUUGGACGUUUUUGUAAGCACAAUACCUUUGAUUCUAAAAAGCGCUAAAAGCCUUCACGUGAAAGAAGUGGAGUUCCGAAGCGGUUGGAGCAUAGAAGAAAUGGCUCAAAUGUUACAAUGUAUUGAAAAAGUGGAAGGUAUUGAAAUUCAUAAACCUGGGCCUCUGGACGCUUUGGUUCCACUGGAUCAAUGGAAAAUGGCAAAAUCGGUGAUAGCUCUUGACAAACAGAGUUUGCUGGAUAUAGGAAAUAUCUUCCAUUUACAUCAAUUUAAGUUACAAUUGGUUCGGAUUUCUAGAGAAGAAUUGGUGAAGAUCAGAGAUGUUCUACUCAAAUCCACCAAUUUCGAAUAUGGAAUAAUUUACCUAGUUGAACACACUACUGAAAACAUUGGAACACUUUUCAAUCCAGAAUAUAACGGUUUGCCAAAUGGAUCAAUGAGAUACAAAACUGGUGAUAAUAACUUUUUCAUUUGUUUCAACUUUCAUUAUUUUGAAAUCAGAAAAUCUGUGGAAAAUACUUAGAAAUGAAGCCUUAAAACUGUUUGUGUA